GGAUUCUAAACUUAAGUUGUUUUUCAUUUCGCUACAGAUCUUUAAAAAGUACGAUUGGCGCGUAAUCAACCGGCUUUUUUGCAAAAUUAAGAUAGAUUCUACAUUACAUUACUGUCGUUUAAAGUCUCUUAAGUAAUUAUUUCUAAGACAUGUCCACGAACGGUGUGAAUACAAAUGAAGACGUCGAUAUGGCAGAUUGCGAUGGGGAAAAAGUUGUAACUAUGCUCGAUGUUUUACAAGAACAGCAGGAUUUUGAAGACGACGCAAACGCUGUUCUUGGAGCCUCCGACGAGAAGAACUGCACCUAUUCUACGGGCUACAUAAAACGUCAAGCUAUUUACGCCUGCAUUACAUGCUGCCCUGAAGCCAAAGACGAUCAAAACCAGAGAGCCGGAGUCUGCCUGGCAUGCAGCAUCGCUUGCCAUGAAAACCAUGAUCUGGUCGAGUUAUAUACAAAAAGGAACUUCCGUUGUGAUUGUGGUAACCCAAAAUUUAAAUCCCACCCGUGUCAAUUCACACCAAAUAAGACUGACUUCAAUGAAGAUAAUAUUUAUAAUCAAAACUUUAGUGGACUUUACUGUAUUUGCCAUAGACCUUAUCCUGAUCCAGAUGCAACGUUUGAAGAUGAAAUGAUCCAAUGUGUCAUAUGUGAAGAUUGGUUGCAUUCUACACAUCUUGAAGCUAUUGUACCGAGCAGCGAACUAUAUUCAGAAAUGAUCUGUAAGGCUUGUAUGGAAAAGAAUGACUUUCUACAUGACUACAGUGAACUAGCUGUGAAUGUAGAAAAUGGAGAAGUUGAUAUCCUCUCUGUUGAUGCUGGAAAUGUUGUUAUAUCUUCUAUUUCUUGUAAUGGGGAUAUAAAAGAAUUUUUUGAAGAAAAUACUCAAGUAGCGUCUGAUAAAAUAAUUCAUGUUACUGAAUCUGCCCCAGGAGAUAAAACCCAAACUGCAAAAGAAAUUGAUAUUUCUAAUGACUUUAUUCCAGAAAAAAAAUAUAUAGAAACUUUCAAUGGACAAGUAGAUGAUGUAAAAAAUGUGAAUGAAAAUAUAAUAAAAACAAAUGAUAAAGAAAUGAACCACAAUGAUGAUUUAAAUAUAUCUUCAAAAGAAAUUGAAGAGAGUGCUAAUAAAAUAAAUUCAUUUAAUACUGAAGACAUAAAUCAGGAUACUGAUAAUGAUAAUAAUACAUGCAAGGAUACUAUAGUUUCUCAAAGCUACACUCUGGAAAAAGAGACUGAGAUAGAAUGUAAAAAAAUUACAAAUAAUGAAGAUACUACAGCUAAGGAACCUUUGGAGAUAGAAUCUAGAGAUAUAACACAUAGUCAUGAAGAUAUUCUUCAAACAGCUACUGAAGAUCUUUCAGAGACAGGUUCUAGAGAUAUAGCAAAUUGUAAUGAAGUUAAUGUUGGAAUUACGGAAAUAGAGACAGAAAAUAUAGAAAAUACAGAUGAAGAUACUCUUGAAACAGCCACUAAAGAACUUUCAGAACUCACAAAAGAUAUUGAUAAUGAAGUAAAACCAGAAACAAUGCCAAUAUCAACAAAAGAGUCAGAAGUACUAGAUCAAUUUGAAAAUAUGGCCGAAAUCACUGACAGUACUGGUGAAACAUUGAAACUAAUUGAUACAAAUAAUGAAAAUAGUCAGAACAUAACCACGGAGAUUUCAGAUCAAAACAUAAAUAUGUUGCAAAAUAAUGGUAGUGCUGAUGAAGAAAUGAAAAUCUUUGAUUCUGAUACUGAGACUGGUCUCAACAAAAUUACGGAGAUGCCUGUUCAAAAAGAAGACACAUCAGAAAUUAAAUGUACUUCUAAUCAGGAAUUAGAACAAUUUUACUCAAAUAGUGAUGCUCAUGUAAAAGAAAAUACAGAGAUUCUGAAUAUAACUGAAAAUAAAAUAAUUGAAAAUGGUCAAAGUACUUCUAAUGGCGGUGACAAUAUUGAAGACAAUUCCCAGAGAGAAAUAAGUGCACAAAGUAAGAGAAAAUUUAUUGAAUGUACUGAAGAAUUGCCCGUUAAAAAGCAAAAGAGUGAACUGAUACAUUGCAAAAGACCUAAAGGAAUGAAAAAACGUCAUAAAGGGGCUACAUUUUGGGCUCCUAAUUUCAGACAGAAACUAUGUAUGUGUAAUGAAUGUGUAACAAUGUAUAAAGAUUUGAAUGUCUUGUUCCUUAUUGACCCAGAAGACACUGUGAUAGCUUACGAAACAUUGGGUCAAGAGAAAAACAAUGGUGGGCCAUCAUCACAGUAUGAAAAGGGUCUGCAGGCCCUAUCAUCCUUGGACAGGAUCCAACAAAUAAAUGCUAUGACUGAAUACAACAAGCUCCGAGAUAAAUUGCUGGAUUUCUUUAAGAGUUUUAAAGACAAAAAGGAAGUGGUAAAAGAAGAAGAUAUUAAAGCAUUCUUUGCAGGGAUGAAGCCUCGAAGAGAGCCAGAUGGUGUAUACUUCUGCAGAUAACUGCUAAAAAUGUUUUACUUUAUAUUAUCUAUGUAUUACUUGACAUUUUUAGUCCUAUCCUUAUUUUAUUCAUUAUUUUAGUUACAUAAAUAGAAAGCUAAUUUUGUGAUAUUUAGUUGUUUUUUCUUUAACCUUAAUUAAAUUAUCCCAUUGUGUUAUUUUGAAAGAAUAGUAAUAUUUUGUUUAUUGCUUUUAAUGCAAUAUAAAUUUUGUAGCGCUUAUGGCCUCAAGAAUAAGACACUACAGUGAUGUG